AUGAAGACGUGUAAGACGGUGUCUACAUGCACCCCAGUGGAGGAGGCUCAAGGUACGCAUGUGUUUGAUAUCUUGGGUUAUAGCAAGCACAAGGGCAUGGGCCAUGGCGUGGACGGCCGCAUACGCUCAGGGGUUUUCUCCGUCGGCGGCCACGACUGGGUGAUCUUCUUCUUCCCCGACGGGCACAGUGAGAUCGAGGGAUCCGCGUACCUUAGGGAUGAUUGCCUGACGAUCGAAUGCGUCGUCACUGUUUUCAACAAGCCACAUGUUACCCAAACAAAACCAUUCCCUAAAAUCGACAUGCCACCAGCUGACAUGGCUGAGCAUGUUAGCAAGUUGCUUGAAGAAAAGCAGGGAUUUGAUGUCAGCUUCAUCGUCGAAGGAGAGACCAUUGAAGCGCAUAGGUUUGUUCUCGCUAUGCGCUCGCCUGUUUUCAAAGCAGAGCUCUAUGGGUCGAUGCAGGAGGCGAGGCCGGGGCAAUGCAUAACCAUCAUGGACAUGCAACCUGAUGUUUUCAAGGCCCUACUCCAUUUCAUCUAUACGGACUGUUUGCCUAGCGGUGAGGAUACCGAGAUGGUCCGGCUUUUACUAGUGGCUGCGGACAGAUAUGCAAUGGACAGGCUCAAGCUGGUUUGCCAAAGCAUCUUGUGCGAGGAUCUGAACAAGGACACCGUGGCAAUCACAUUGGCUUUAGCUGACCAACAUAAUUGCCACCGGCUUAAGAAUGCUUGCCUUGAAUUUAUCGAAUUAUCAAAUUUCACGGAUGCUCUGGUGGCUACACGACGGUUAAAGGAUAUCAAGAAGACUUGCCCAUCUUUCAUAGUGGACGAAUUGGAGAAGAGAACAAAGCGUCGUAAAGCAUGA